CAUAUUGAAAUGGGGAGGAGUCUGACACACUCUGAGUUCAGCUCAGGACAGACUGAAGGACAAACAAGCAGGAAGGAGAAGAAAAUACUACCAGCAACGACUUUGCCAGAAAAACAAGAGGAUAAUAAAGCAUAUUGAGUAUUGCUUGAUUGAAUAACAAUGUCUGUGUCUCCUGCUGCCUUAGCUGCUCGUCGUGUGCUUGCUGCAGCGUCACAAUCAAGCCAUGAAGGAGGAGCAAGGACCUGGAAGAUGCUGACCAUUGUGUUAGCUGUUCCUGGUGUGGCAGUCUGCAUGGCCAAUGCCUACAUGAAGAUGCAGGCGCAUUCGCAUGAGCCACCAGAGUUUGUGCCAUAUUCACACCUGCGUAUCCGCACCAAGAAAUUCCCUUGGGGCGAUGGAAACCACUCUCUGUUCCACAACCCUCACACCAAUCCUCUGCCCGAUGGCUAUGAAGACUCCCAUCACUGAGGGAAUCAGUCACCUUUCUUAGCUGUGUUUUGCUGGCUACUGAAAACUCCAGUCCGCAGUGUAAUUAUACUGCCUUAAAUAUUCUGACUGAGGGUCCAAGCAGCAUCGUCACUGAGCGGUGCAUCCUGACAUAAAUAAAACCACUUUAUGCUGUA